GGGCAGGGCCGGGACCCGGAGGGCUGGCGCCGGAGUGAGCUGUGGCUUCCGCAGCCCCCUGCGGCGGGGGGGACUGAACCCUCGGCGCCCCGGCAUGCGCCUCCGUCUGCUGCUGCUGCUCGCGCUGUGCGGUGCGGGUAUCAGGGCUGCGGCGCGCAGCCUCAGCCUGCGGGGAAGCUGGAGGAUCCGCAGCGGGAACGGCUCGCUGGAGCUGCCCGGGGAGGUUCCCGGCUGCGUGCACAGCGCCUUGUUCCAGCGGAACCUCAUCCAGGAUCCUUACUACAGAUUUAAUGACCUUAACUACAGAUGGAUCUCCUUGGAUAAUUGGACCUAUAGCAAGGAAUUUAAAAUCCCUUUUGAUAUUAGCAAAUGGCAAAAAGUAAAUUUGAUUUUUGAGGGCGUUGAUACAGUUGCAAAAGUCCUGCUCAAUAAUGUUUCCAUUGGGAAAACAAACAACAUGUUCAAAAGAUAUAGCUUUGAUAUUACUGGUGUGGUCAAAGCCAUAAACUCCAUUGAGCUGCGUUUCCAAUCACCAGUGUUGUAUGCGGCACAGCAGAGCAGAGCUCACACUCGCUACCAGGUGCCCCCAAACUGCCCUCCAAGUGUGCAGAAGGGCGAAUGCCAUGUCAACUUUAUUCGCAAGGAGCAGUGUUCCUUUAGUUGGGACUGGGGGCCUGCCUUUCCUACCCAGGGCAUCUGGAAAGAUGUUAGAAUUGAAGCCUAUAAUAUUUGCUAUCUGAACUACUUCACGUUUUCCCCUCUAUAUGAUAACCGUGCCCAGGAGUGGAAUCUUGAAAUAGGGUCUUCUUUUGAUGUUGUCAGCUCAAAGCCAGUCUCUGGUCAAGUGAUCGUGGAAAUCCCUAAAUUGCAAACACAGCAGACAUACAGCAUUGAACUUCAGCCUGGGAAAAGGAUUGUUGAGCUAUUUGUGAAAAUAAACAAGAAUAUUACUGUAGAAACUUGGUGGCCUCAUGGACAUGGAAACCAGACUGGGUACAACAUGACAAUUCUUUUUAAACUGGAUAAAGACUUAAAGUUGCAGAAAUCAGCAAAGGUUUAUUUUAGGACAGUGGAACUUAUAGAAGAGCCCAUAGAAGGGUCGCCUGGUCUGAGUUUCUACUUCAAAAUUAAUGGAUUUCCCAUAUUUCUGAAAGGAUCAAACUGGAUCCCAGCAGAUUCAUUCCAAGAUCGAGUAAACUCUGAGUUGCUACGGCUCCUUUUGCAAUCUGUGGUGGAUGCUAACAUGAAUACUCUCCGGGUGUGGGGAGGAGGAAUUUAUGAGCAGGAUGAAUUCUAUGAACUCUGUGAUGACUUAGGAAUAAUGGUAUGGCAGGAUUUUAUGUUUGCCUGUGCCCUUUAUCCAACUGAUCGGGACUUCAUGGAUUCCGUGAGAGCGGAAGUGGCUUACCAGGUCAGGAGACUGAAAUCUCAUCCCUCCAUCAUUACAUGGAGUGGAAAUAAUGAAAAUGAAGCAGCUCUGAUGAUGAAUUGGUAUCACAUAGACUUCAGUCACAUGGGUACCUACAUCAAAGAUUAUGUGAAAUUGUAUGUGAAGAACAUCCGUAAGGUCGUCUUGGCCGAAGACAAGACUCGUCCUUUUAUCACAUCUAGUCCUACAAAUGGGGCUGAAUCCAUUGCAGAAGGCUGGCUCUCUGCCAAUCCAUACAACACGAAGUUUGGUGACAUACAUUUUUAUGACUAUAUCAGUGAUUGCUGGGAUUGGACCAUUUUCCCAAAAGCUCGAUUUGCAUCAGAAUAUGGAUAUCAGUCCUGGCCUUCCUUCAGUACAUUAGAAAAGGUUUCAACCAAAGAGGACUGGUUUUACAAAAGCAGAUUUUCACUUCAUCGACAACAUCAUGAAAAUGGUAACGAUCAAAUGCUUCUUCAGGCUGGACUUCAUUUCAAACUCCCGCAAAGCACAGAUCCAUUACGCGCUUUCAAAGAUACCAUUUACCUUACUCAGGUGAUGCAAGCCCAGUGUGUCAAAACAGAAACUGAAUUCUACCGCCGCAGUCGCAGCGAGAUAGUGAACGGAGAAGGGCACACCAUGGGGGCACUGUAUUGGCAGUUGAAUGACAUCUGGCAGGCUCCUUCCUGGGCCUCUCUUGAGUAUGGAGGAAAGUGGAAAAUGCUUCAUUACUUUGCUCGGCAUUUCUUCGCUCCGCUGUUGCCUGUGGGUUUUGAGAAUCAAAGUGUGUUUUUCAUCUACGGGGUGUCAGACCUUCGCUCGGACUGUAACGUGACUCUCACUGUGAGAGUCCACACAUGGCAUUCCCUGGAGCCUUUGUGCUCUCGUGCCACGAAGCAUUUGGUGAUGAAAGCUGGGGAGGCCGUUCUCCUGUAUCAGGAGCGGGUGCCUGAACUGCUGAGGAGAUGUGGGAAUUGUACUCGGCAAAGCUGUGUGGUUUCCUUUUCCCUGUCAACCGACAGCAAACUGUUGAGCUCAGCCAACUAUCACUUCCUGUCCUCACUGAAGGAGGCCGUAGGGCUUCAAAAGGCACAUAUCACUGCCAUCAUCUCUCAGCAAGAGGACACAUUUGUUUUUGAUCUGGAAACCUCAGCUGUCGCUCCCUUUGUUUGGUUGGACGUAGGGAACGUCCCAGGGAGAUUCAGUGACAAUGGUUUCCUCAUGACUGAGAAGACGCGGACUAUAUUCUUUUACCCGUGGAAGCCCACCAGCAUGAGUGAAUUGGAGCAAUCUUUUCGUGUGACUUCUCUGACUGAUAUUUACUGAGGGAAUCUAGGUUAUACUUUCAGUGGCCCCUGGAAUAAAGCAUUUCUAAGGCAGCGGGUGGAGCUGAAGACAACCAGAGACAAGCUGAAGAAGCUGGAGAUGUGGCUGCUUGCGGCCUCACAUCUGAUUCAUCACUCCAUGAGGAGUGUGUACAGCAUUUUUUCAGGGAAGGCUGCUUACUCAGGGGAUGUCCUCCAACACGCCUGUGCCCAGGUGUUCUGCAAUCUGUGCCAGGACUGUGCUUUCAGCCUCACAGCUUUAGCACCACAUGAACCAGUUAUAUAACCCAACCGCCUCUCCCUACCCAGAAAAGGAAGCCCACACAGGUAGCCCACACAGGUAGGAACAUGACCAUGGGGCUUCUGAUUUGGCUCAAUCAAAUGAGCUUUCCAAUUCAAAGGAAUAAGAUUUAGACUUAUGGACCCUGAAAGCAAAGUGGCAUUCCCUUUAUCUUGGGGUUAAAAUCAUUUUGCUUAUAUUGAUUAUGUAAGAAGUUAUAACAUUAUUUUGUUAUGUAUUAUCAUGUUUAUAAAAUUACAUUGAUAAUAAACGGAAUGGGGCAAAAUGUUAAUAAGUACCAAUCUGGAUAAAGGUGUGUGGGUUUUUUUUU